ACAUAUUAACAGGUGAAAAAUGAGUGGAAAAAGCGGCAGCAGCGGUGGAGGAAAGAGCGGUGGUGGUGGUGGCGGUGGUGGAGGAGGAAAAAGCUCCGGCGGGGGAGGAGGAGGAGGAGGUUAUAUGGUAGCACCGUGGUCCAAAGGCGGUGCUUACAUCUCAAGAGGUGGUUUUGAGAGUAACCCUCAAGGCUACUUUAGUAAUCUGCAUGGCAGUGGGCAAAGCAAGAAGUGAUUUGUUUGUUUGAUAUUACAAGCAACAUGAAUCUUCUUAUCUAAUUAAUAA